CAUCUCACAAUUGGAAAUGGGCAUCUCUCAGGAUUUAAUCCUUUUGACUCUACUGGUAACUUUCCCGUUCCUCGGUUUUACAUCUGCGGAUUUACAGGGCAAGUUGCAGCUGGAGAAUUUUCAAAGAACGCACAACGAUACAUUGUCAGAUCUUAUAUUUUUAUUAGACACCUCUGGAAGCUUGUGGUACUACGAUCACUCGAGCAGGAGCAUGAAAGUUGGCUUCGACGAUGAAAAAGUGUUCGUCAACUCGUUGUUGAGCCACAUACGAGUCAGUUUGGCUGCAACAAGAGUUUCGAUAGUUUUAUUUGGCACCAGAGCUACCCUCGAUAUCAAUUACGUGACUGAUUUGAACAUUAAUAAUCACAAGUGUAACUUUAAGAAAAGCUUUUACGCUUUGAAAUUUCGUUCUGGAUUAACCAAUAUGCACGAUGCAUUCCAGUACGCUUAUGACAUCAUAUUUGGAACUUUAAGUGGCAACAAGCGACCAAAUGCGCUUGCUAAAACGGCCGUUUUCCUUCUCACAGACGGAAUGUGGAAUGCUGGUGGAGAUCCUAACAAUAUUGCUAAAACAUUGAAACAAAAUAACAUUGAGAUAUUCUCAAUUGGGGUGACGAAUGGUAUCAACGAGAACGUGUUGAAGCAACUUGCUACUGAUGACAACCACGCAUUUCAUUAUAAUUCUUUUACCCAGUUCAGGGAGCUAGCGAAUCAUCUGAGAGGAGAUCCAUACGAGAUAGACUGGGAAAUUAAUCAGCCAAUGAGUUUUUGUGGUUCUUGCGACGGUAUAGCUUAUUGUGCGUGCGGUCUUCUAAGCGGGGAAUAUAAGUGUUCUUGCCCUGAGGGUUUAUAUGGAAGCGGAUACACUAACGACUGCCAUCAGUGUCCCUAUUCUACCUACAAAGACUACAUUGGUUACGCUAAGUCCUGCACGCCAUGUCCUGUCAACUCACGCCAUAGCAAGAUUGGAAGCACAAAAAGAAGUGACUGCCACUGCAUCCAGGGAUACGAGGGUGAUCCUGCUGGUUAUGUGGAAUGUAAAAUUAAAAAGUGUGACAAACUUCCAGUUCCCUUGCACGGGAUGAUUAAGGGGGACAGUUGUAACCAGGACUACUUGUCCACCUGUGAGGUGAUUUGCAAAACAGGAUAUGAACUAAGCGGCGAUGGACGAAGGACCUGUGUCAUUUCUAAUUCUGGGGGAGUUAAAUGGAGUGGAACUGAUUUAAACUGCAAGCAGAUCGUGUGUCCAUUGAUCCAGGUGGCUAACGGAAGUCCUCCAAGCGGAACGUGCACGAAGAACGAUUUAUCAUAUCAGACAAAGUGCACGUUUAAGUGUGCCCCAGGCUAUAUUUUACAAGGAACUCCAGUGAGACAAUGUCAACAGGACAAGUCUUGGUCAGGUUCAGAUGUUGUGUGCGAACCGGUCAAGUGUCCGAAACUAAACUCAAUCUCUCUCAGUCAAGUAACUCCACCAGAAUGUGUCACCACCGAGCUGCAGUUUAAUUCAAGGUGUGUGUUCGAGUGUCCAAAGGGCUACUUAUUUGAAGGUACACCAGACCAGUCUACUUUACGGUUUUGUAAGACAGAUGGCACAUGGACUGGAGAACACAAGCCUUGUGUCGACUCAGAACCGCCUUCCAUAACAUGUCCUGCGAACAUAAGAACCAACAACAGCCUUCACCAGGAUCACGCGGUGGUAACAUGGGUAAAGCCUACGUACAGUGACAACUCGAUAGGGAUUGAUCCGCUGGCGAAAGUGACUGUUAGUAGUAAUUUUAAGUCCGGAGAUAAGUUUCUUAUCGGCGAGUAUACCAUCCAGUACACAGUGACAGACAAAGUUGGACUGGCAGCUAAAUGCUCCUUUAAAGUGACAGUAGUAGAUAACGAACCACCCUACUAUACGUCAUGUCCCGAAGAUAAGCUGAUUGAAACAACACAAGCGAACGUACGAGUCCCUUGGGUGAUUCCCCAAUUUCUUGACAACUCCAAUAAGACACCGAUCAUUGAACAUAACCGGAAUCCUGGAGAAAUUUUCUACAUUGGAGAGGUGUUUGUGAACUACAUAGCAAGAGACCAAUCUGGUAAUGUCAAUGACAGUUGUGCCUUCAAGAUCCACGUCAAAGCUAAAUCUUGUGAGAUGUACCCCGCCCCAAUCAAUGGAGCCUUAGCUUGUAACGCGUUUGGUGUGAGCAAUCGAUACUGUCAGGUCAGCUGUAACCAGCAGUUUGACUUCGCGUUUCCCCCCGCCCUCACAUACCUUUGCGGUAACGGAAUAUGGUCAGCAAUACCACCUUCUCCUCUGCCAUGGCCUGACUGCUCCGUUCGUUAUGAACCUGGCAAGGCUCGCAUGGCUCUUAUACCACAGUUCUUCUACUUCGCUGGUGACUGCAGCAGCAAAGAAGCACAAGAUCAAAUCAAAUUAAAUUUUGUCACUUUGCUGAACCAACAGUUUAUCCCCUCAGCGUUAUGCAGAGAUCAUGCGGAUUGUAACGUUGGUAAUGUAAACGUAUUCUGUGGGGCUACCAGCUCGGCUAGACGUCGCCGAAGAAAGUCUGCUAAUGAUGUUUACGUCAAAGUUGACAUUGUAGCGCAAGAAAAACAGAGUGGAGCCUCAAAAACUGUAACACAACUUGAACAAAUAUUGGAGAACGACGCAAAGCCACUAUUGGAUCAACAGGCAAAGUCCCUCGACUGGAGUCCUCUUCGUUCUUCAAGCGAUCUUGAAUAUCAGACAUACUCUAUUACUAAUGCUGAGGCAUAUUGUUCAGACACUGGGGCUGUUGUAGGAAGAUGUGAUACACUUGAAACUGGCUGUGAUGGGCUCGCCAAACCACACAGUAUGUGCCAAUGCAACAAAGAUACGGGAGCAAUUGAACGGUGUAUUCGCUGUCCGAAAGGGACAUACUAUGACCUAGUACAUGAGAAGUGUACCAGGUGUUCACCAGGGACCUACCAAAAUCAAGAGGGAAGAUUUGAGUGUUCUGAGUGCCCAGAAGGAACCUACACUUUAGGCGAGGAUUCAAAGAACUUUACUGCAUGUAGAGAAAAAUGUAAACCAGGCUAUUUUUCACCUUCUGGACUGGCCAAGUGUUUUCCCUGCCCAAGUGGUACUUACGCUUCCGGUUUCAUGAACACGAUUUGUACUUCCUGUCCUGCGGGUACGACCACUAUACUUCCCGCAGCGGGUGGAAGAGAAGAAUGUGGAAUGAAAUGUGCACCUGGUACUUAUUCAACUAAUGGGGUCGAACCUUGUUCUCCAUGUGGUAAGGGUUCCUAUCAGACUACAAUAGGAGCCUUAUCGUGUACAGAGUGUACAGAUGGAAAGUCAACUUAUGGACCUGGGGCUGACUCUGCAGACAUGUGUGUUGAUAUUGACGACUGUUCCUCGAACCCAUGUAAUAAUGGAGGCACCUGCUUUGAUUUAAAAGACGACACAAUGUGUAAAUGUCAGCCAGGUUAUUCUGGGAAGUUCUGUCAAAUCGAAGAUGACGAAUGCUUGUCUGAUCCCUGCUAUCAAGGUGCGACAUGUGUUGACAAGGUCGAUGGAUACGAGUGCGUUUGCGCUACAGGAUUCAGAGGGCAACGGUGCGAUGUACCCUCACAUGAAUGUGGCCCCAACAUUUGUCAGAAUGGCGCCACAUGUAACGUUCAGCCACCAGAUUUUCUGUGUGAAUGUCUGCAGGGCUACGGCGGAAAAUUUUGCGAGAUGAAGAUUGAUCACUGUGCUUCCUCUCCUUGCCAUAACAAAGCCAUGUGUGAAAGUCUAGCCGAGGGAUAUAUGUGUUCAUGCAGGCCUGGGUACGAGGGAGCUCAGUGUGAAGUUAACACUGAUGAAUGUGCAAACAAUCCAUGUCAGAACUAUGGGACAUGUACGGACAAAAUCAACGGUUACGCCUGUAUAUGUAAAGCCGGUUUUACAGGGGUGCACUGUGAGACGGAAAUUAAUGAAUGCCUCUCAGAACCAUGUCAGAAUGGUGGUCAAUGUGUUGACAAAAAAAAUGGGUUUGAUUGUAUUUGCAAGCCUACGUACUCAGGGGAAACCUGCAGCGAAAAGUUGUGUUUUGCCUACGACCUGUCAUUUCCUCUUCGGGUGGCGACCACAUCCAGCAGUGUAACCAACAUUCCUGAUUUACGAGCCUUUACUAUCGCCUUUUGGCUCCGCACGGAUGACACAGAAAAUCCGGGGACACCGCUGUCCUACUCGAACAUUGUAGCAGGCAAACUUCAAGACAAUGCCCUUGUUAUCCAGGAUUAUGGUGCUUUUGAUCUCUACAUUAAUAAUAAAAAGCUUUUCAUUGGAACGUCAGCUAACGAUGGUAAGUGGAACCACGUGGCUAUCACAUGGGACAACAAUGGAGGCAAGUGGUUCUUUUACAAGAAUGGACAACAAGUGAAGAAAUACACAGAGCCCUUUCAAUCGGGAGCUGUGAUCAAGGGUGGUGGUGUUAUGGUGCUAGGUCAGGAGCAGGAUUCGCUAGGGGGCUCCUUCAGCCCUGAGGAGGCCUUCACCGGAGAUCUCAGCCAAUUAAAUGUUUGGGACAAAGUCCUUACGCCCAAGGACAUCUACAACUUGGUGCGAAGUUGUGGUGUGGAGGAAGGGAAUGUAAAGGCCUGGGCAGACUUUCGCAAGGGACUACAAGGAGUUUACGUUCUAACAUCCACGCCUUACGCUUGCAAGUUUACUAAUCCUCUAAGAGACUUUCCUGCAAAACGGGACAUGCGCCUGUCCAACAAAGUUGACAAAGUAUUGGGAGGAAAAACCGUCGAGGAGUGUGCAGAUGCCUGUAUGAAAGAGAGGUUGUUUCCCUGUAGAUCGUUUGAUUAUGACAAGACUGGAAGAACUUGCCACCUCAGUAGGGCUUCCUCUGAUGACGCUUCCUUAAUUCCAGGGAAAGGCUUUGACCAUUAUCAAACUAGUUGCACUGAGACUCUUGGUGUACAAAGCAAAGCCAUUCCAGAUUCAGCAAUGACAGCUUCGUCAUCACUUGCUUCAAACAGUCAGCCAAAAGUUGCGCGCCUGUUUGCUCCGCAUGCCAGCGGUCUACAAGGUGUUGUGGAUAGCAGAGGUGGUUGGAGUCCGCAAACAUCUGACCAACAGCAGUAUUUACAAAUUGACUUAGGAGAUACAUACAAAGUUACAGCCGUGGCCAUUCAGGGCGGGGAUGGCUUAUCAGAAUGGGUAACGUCAUACAAGCUGCAAUACACCACUGACGGCAGUGCGUGGCAAUAUUAUGGACAGACCUUGUCAGGAAAUACAGAUUCCAGUUCUGUGGUAAAACAAGAGUUACAACCUUUCGCAGCCAGAAUGACCCGAUUUAGACCUCAGUCGUGGAAUGGAAAGAUAACUAUGAGAGUAGAACUCUAUGGCUGUCUUACAGAUCUAGUUCCUCCACCACCCUCCAUAGGUAUCUCAGCACGAAAGCGAAGGCGCAGGUCUGCCCCAGCAGAAGUUAACGAAUGCGGUAAUAAUCCGUGUAAAAAUGGCGGUAAGUGCCACGACCUUUACUAUGGAUUCAAAUGCAAAUGUCGCCGGGGAUACGAAGGAAGCACAUGCGAACAAGCCUCCUCGUGUGGUGAAUUAGGAGCCCCCUUGAACGGUAAAAAGUCUUCAUCAAACCACAAUCAUGGCAGUACUGUAACAUUUUCCUGUAACGCUGGUUUUUAUCUCUACGGCUCAAAAUCCAGGACAUGCAGCCAUGGGCUUUGGAGUGGGAGAAGAACUGAAUGUAAAGACGUAGAUGAAUGCAGCAACGGUCAUUGUAGCCAGCUAUGCGUUAACACCCUUGGUAGUUUCACUUGUUCUUGUAACCAAGGAUACACGUUAAACAUUGAUGGAACCACAUGUGAAGACAUCAACGAGUGUUCCUUCGGAGUGUGUAGCCACAGCUGUCAUAACUCACCAGGAGCAUUCCGUUGCUCGUGUCCGUCUGGAAUGGAACUCGCCCCUGGAGGAAGAUCCUGCCGAGAUAAAGAUGAAUGUGCUUUCAACAAUGGUGGCUGUGAACAUGUUUGUGUGAACAGUUACUUGAGCCAUAGUUGUCACUGUCGUGGAGGAUAUACAAUUGCAAGCGACAACCGGAACUGUAAUGAAAACCGAUGUCCGUCUAUUGCUGCUCUAUCCAAUGGCGCCAUUACUAUUACUGGUGACCCAAUACUGGGUAAUAUCGCCACUUUCUCGUGCAAUGCAGGGUAUCAAUUGUUAGGGUCUCAAAAGCGAGUUUGUUCCGCGAAUGGGAAGUGGUCCGGAGUUCAGCCGCGCUGUAACGCCGGGAGAUGCGUAGAUGUAGGGACAGUCAAGUACGGUGCUCGUCAGGGUAGUGACUUCAGUUACGGAAAGAGCGUAAGCUUCACGUGCAGUAGUGGAUAUGCUUUGGUGGGUAGCAACCAGCGCCUUUGUCAACAGGGUGGACUUUGGAGCGGAGAGCAGCCGAGAUGUGUUCGAGCUGACUGUCCCCAACUGUCUGCUCCAUUCCAUGGUCAUAUACAAGGAUACCGCCGAGAAACGGGCAGCACUGUCCGCGUGUCAUGCAAUAUAGGAUACGAAGUCAAUCCAGAUAGUUCGUCGUUUAGAACUUGCCAGGGAGACGAGCAGUGGUCCGGGGCAGACCCCAGCUGUCAAAUCAUAGAUUGUGGAGAUCCUGGGACUCCAUGGCAUGGAUACCUGAACGGCGCAAAUUUUCAGUACAACAACACUGUAACGUUCACCUGCCGUCCUCAGCAUCACCUGGAAGGUGACUCCAAAAGAAAAUGUCAGGGGAAUGGGCAGUGGAGUGGACAACAGCCCAAGUGCUUGGAAAGAUCUUGUGGAAAUCCUGGUAUCCCAUCAAAUGGAAUCAAGAUCGGAAGUAACCAUUCGUACGAGGCUUCCAUUCAGUUCACAUGCAAUCAAGGAUAUACACUGCACGGGUCCCAGGAACGAACCUGUCAAAACUCAGGGGAGUGGUCAGGUUCACAGCCAACAUGCCAGAUUGUGAGCUGCGGUGAUCCAGGAUCCUUGUCAAACGGAUUUAAGAUAGGCAAUAAGUUUACCUAUGGCGAAAGCGUUAUUUACGACUGUAAUGCCGGCUACAAACUUCAAGGAUCUAUCAUUAGGAAGUGUGGGGCUAAUGGUCAGUGGUCUGGAUCAGCUGCUAGUUGUGUCGCUUCUAAUUGCGGCAAGAUUCUUAAUGGACCCUCAGGCUCUCUUCAAUCUACUAAUUUUCCGAACAAUUACCCGAACAACGAGUACUGUACUUGGGAAAUUCAAGUGCCUCAAGGAAAGAAGGUCCGUCUAGAAUUCGAGGAGCUUCGGACAGAAGAGAACAAAGAUUUCGUACUCAUUUAUGACACCGGCAAGACAGACCCGGUCGUUGCGUUGAAUGGCGUUAAGGACAAACCGCGCGCAAUUACUUCCACCGGGAACAGCAUCAGAGUCAGAUUCAUUUCAAACAGUGUCAACACUAACAAUGGAUUUAAAGUUUCUUACAAACAAACAGGCUGUGGAGGAAUCCUGACCAGUCAGACUGGAGAGAUACGCUCUCCUGGUUUUCCAAAUGGUUACCCGCCAAACCUCAGCUGUAUCUGGCUGAUCUUUAUUCCCGACAGACAAAUCGGCCUUACUCUGAACGAGUUUAAGACAGAAAAUGCUUACGACCGUCUCGAAGUUGCCCAUGGACCCUGGAUAACUUCACCGCUGGAGAUUGCCUGGAGCGGUCCCAGUCCCUUGUCAGGUCAGGUGGUGACCACCAAGUACAUGUGGAUUCAUUUUGUAAGUAGUGCACAAGACAAUGGUAUCUACAAGGGUUUCCGAGCCACAUACAAGCCAUAUGUUGCUUAUUCAAAAAAGAAAUGAUGAUGACUGAGGCAUAUACAAGGGGGAUUCAAAUCAAUCUAAAAUUUUGUAGAGUUCGUUCAGUUAGUAGUUGUUGAUAGUUAAUAAAUAUGCAGAAGGAUUCCUUGUUUGAAUAGUUUUGAACUUUCUCUGGUCAAGUAGAAUGGAACGGAUUAAACUUGAAU